CUUUACUGAACCAGGAUGGCUGAUACUCCGACUUCCAGGAUGAUGCACCCCUUCAGCAAAAUGCAGCAGAGGCAGAACCCCAACCAGUUCCAGUAUUCUGCCAACCCAGAGCGUCCUUAUCACACUUACCAGUCAUCUCCAGACACACAUGUUGUGCCACAGCAUCACUAUAGCCUCAACUCUCAUUCACCAGAUGCCAGCUAUGAAAACCAGGUUACCCAAAACAAGUAUACCCUGAACUCCUCUGCGGCAGCUGAUUGUAUGAGGCAUGAUUCGCCCUCCAGCAAUAGCUUCACUCCUCCAUCCAUUAGGAGUGGCAGUGGGAGCCCUUCGUCUCAGGAUGACAGUCACUCUGAUUCCACACAUGGAUCUCCUGUAAGUGCUGUGACCGAGGAUCCUACUGAUCUCAAGCAAAAACUGAAGGAUCUUGAGGCUGCAAUGCUUGGGCCGGACUCUGAGAUCGUCAACAGCCUUGAGAACAAGCUUUCGCUGGAACCGGAGAAGUGGAUGCAGCAGAAGGGCUUUCCUAGGGGCAACUUGAAGGAGCUACUGAUUACUUGUGCUAUAGCUGUAGAAGAGAAUAACGGUCCCGCAAUAGAUAUGAUGGUGCCAGAACUGAGGAAAAUGGUUGCAGUAUCUGGUGAGCCACUUGAGAGGUUGGGAGCUUACAUGGUGGAAGGCCUAGUUGCAAGGCUUGCCUCCUCCGGCCACUCGAUCUACAAAGCUUUGAAGUGCAAAGAACCAAAGGGCUCUGACCUCCUGUCCUACAUGCAUUUCCUGUAUGAGGCCUGCCCCUACUUCAAGUUUGGCUACAUGUCGGCAAAUGGUGCGAUUGCAGAGGCUGUCAAGGGAGAAGACAGGAUUCACAUAAUUGACUUCCAUAUCUCUCAAGGAGCUCAGUGGAUUUCUCUCCUCCAGGCCCUUGCAGCCAGGCCUGGUGGACCACCGACUGUAAGAAUCACAGGAAUUGAUGAUUCGGUUUCAGCUUAUGCACGAGGUGGCGGGCUAGAGCUAGUUGGGAGGAGGCUGUCACACAUCGCUGGCCUGUACAAGGUUCCCUUUGAAUUCUGCUCACUUGCUAUCGCUGGCGACGAAGUGGAAGAGAAGCAUCUUGGAGUCCGCGCUGGCGAAGCUCUCGCAGUGAACUUCACCCUGGAGCUGCACCACAUUUCAGAUGAGACUGUGAGCACUGCCAACCACCGAGACCGAAUCCUAAGGCUGGUGAAAAGCUUGUCUCCAAAGGUGCUCACCCUUGUUGAGCAGGAGUCCAACACAAACACAGCCCCUUUUGUGCCGAGGUUCGCAGAGACUCUGGACUACUACACUGCCAUCUUCGAGUCCAUCGACCUGUCACUCCCAAGAGACGACAAGGAGAGGAUCAACAUGGAGCAACACUGCCUGGCGAGGGAGAUCGUGAACCUCGUCGCCUGCGAGGGUGCAGAGAGGGUGGAACGACAUGAAGUCUUUGGCAAGUGGAAGGCACGUCUGAUGAUGGCUGGCUUCAGACCGUCCCCGCUCAGCUCGCUGGUGAAUGCCACCAUCAGGACAUUGCUACAGAGCUACUCGGUGGACUACAAGCUCGCCGAGACGGACGGGGUGCUGUACCUCGGAUGGAAGAACAGGCCCCUGGUGGUUUCGUCCGCAUGGCACUAGGUGUUGUGGCGUUACAAUGCUAUCU